AUGGCAGCUCAUGGAUCAUCUUGUGGAGCUUGCAAGUUCCUAAGGAGGAAGUGCAACAGUGACUGCGUCUUCGCACCUUACUUCACCUACGAGCAAGCCUCUUCCCAUUUUGCAGCGGUCCACAAAGUCUUUGGUGCAAGCAAUGUCUCGAAGCAUUUGCUUCAUUUGCCUCUACAUCAAAGGAGUGUUGCCGCAAUCACCAUUUCUUACGAGGCUCUCAGUCGCAUGCAUGAUCCUGUAUAUGGCUGCUUCGCUCACAUCUUUGCCCUUCAUCAACAGGUUGUGACUUUGCAAGAAGAGAUCGAGUUUCUUGGGAACCAGAUGGCGAAUUUUUCGUACUCUCGUCAAAGCAUAUCACAACCUAACAACGUGUCCGAAUUUCAAAACCAGAUGACAAUGGAUACAACCAGUUUCAUCGUGGACGAGAGUCUUAUGAACAACAAGGAGUUGGUUGUGGACGGAUCAAAUUGCCUUGAAGGGUUCUUCAUGAAUCCGGAGGAAGUACUCGGGAAUCAUCCAUGGCUUCAAAACAUGGAUUAUUAUUACAACGCACCACAACAUUAG